AUGACACAUAUCGAUAUCCAGAUUACCAACGGUUCCCCGGAGUCUGUUGAGACUCGGCUUUUUAUCAAUGGCGAGUUCCGGCCCUCGUCAGACGGGAAAACAUUCAGCUUGAUCAACCCAUUCACACAGCAGUCCGUAGCAGAAGUUUCCCAAGCCACUGAAGAAGACACCAACAAUGCCGUCGCUGCGGCCAAGGCAGCGUUCCCGGCUUGGAGAGACCUCUCGCCCGCCCAAAGGGGCGCUUACCUUCACAAACUGGCUGCUCUGAUCCGCGAAAAUAACGAUGAAUUUGCGCGGCUGGAGGCCUUGUCUACUGGAAAGCCUGUCUCGCGGUACUUUGAUGCUACCGUUGGCGCCGACACCUUCUCAUACUUCGCUGAGGCGGGAUGGACGGUCCAGGGAACCUCCAGUUUGAACACCCCCGGCCACUUAAACAUGACUGUUAAGCAGCCGUAUGGCGUCGUUGCUUGCAUUAUUCCGUGGAACGUGCCCAUGGCAUUUUUCGCCUUCAAGAUUGCCCCUGCUCUGGCAGCUGGAAACACGGUCGUCUUGAAGAGCAGUGAGAAGGCGCCUUUGACUUCCGCCCUCGCAGCCAAAUUAAUCGCCGAAGUCGGCUUCCCUCCCGGCGUAAUCAACAUCCUCUCUGGCUUCGGUACACCCGCCGGUAGCACGCUAGCCUCGCACAUGGACGUGCGCUGCCUCACCUUCACCGGCUCCUCGUUCACCGGCCAGCGCAUCCAAGCCGCAGCCGCCGCGUCGAACAUGAAGAUCGUGCACAUGGAGCUCGGCGGCAAAUCACCCGCCUUGAUCUUCGAAGACGCGGAUCUGGAAAACGCCGCGGCGGCAACCCAGUUCAGCAUCCAGUGCUUGAGCGGCCAGACCUGCAUGGCGAACUCGCGCAUCUACGUCCAGGAGUCUGUGGCUGAGAAGUUCUUGGCACUCUUCAAGGAAAAGUUCGGUGGUGCGAGCCUUGGAAACCCGCUUGAUGAGGCUACGACGCACGGACCCCAGGUUGACGAGCUGCAGUAUGAGCGUGUUAAGUCAUAUAUCGGUAUUGGUGAGCAGGACGGCAAGCUCACUCUGGGCGGUGACGCGAAGGAUGGGUACUUCAUCAAGCCGACUGUCUUCGAGAACGUCCCUGAGGAUUCGAGGAUCGUGAAAGAGGAGGUCUUUGGUCCCGUCGUUGUGAUCAAUACCUUCAAGACGGAGGAGGAGGCUAUUGAGAAGGCUAACGCCACGGAGUUUGGUCUCUAUGCUUCUGUCUUCACGAAGGAUUUAGACCGCGCUGUGCGUGCUUCCAAGCUGUUGGAGGCUGGUACUGUUGGCGUUAACACUACGAGCCCUAAUGUCGCCAAGGACAUGCCGUUUGGUGGGUACAAGAUGAGCGGUAUUGGCCGCGAGGGCUUCAUGCACAGUCUUGACAACUUCCUGGAAACCAAGACGAUCUUGAUCAAGAUGAGCUCUUGA